AGUGCAAUGUUAUUUUGCAGAGGCCUGUUGUUUCCUAGCAAAGUGCCAGGAACAUGACCUCCAGCACAGACUUCGAUCAGCUGGAUGUUCAGCAGCAGUACAGCAGUGUGAAUGCUCGCUGGGAGUGCCUGGAUGAGGAGCUGGACAAUGACCACAGUUCUGCCAGGCUGUUUGAGAGAUCCAGGAUCAAGGCUCUUGCAGAUGAGCGUGAAGUGGUGCAGAAGAAGACCUUUACCAAAUGGGUGAACGCCAACCUCUCUCGAGUGAGCUGCCGGAUCUCAGACCUGUACCUGGACCUGCGGGACGGGCGCAUGCUCAUCAAGCUGCUGGAGGUCCUCUCCGGAGAGCACCUGCCUAAGCCCACCAAAGGCAGGAUGCGUAUUCACUGUCUGGAGAACGUAGACAAGGCGUUGCAGUUCCUGAAGGAACAGAGAGUGCACCUGGAGAACAUGGGCUCCCACGACAUCGUCGACGGCAACCACAGACUCAUCCUUGGCCUCAUCUGGACCAUUAUCCUGCGCUUCCAGCUUCAGGACAUUGUUGUGGAGACACAAGACAACAGAGAGCCCCGCUGUGCUAAAGACGCCCUGCUUCUGUGGUGCCAGAUGAAGACAGCCGGCUACCCGAAUGUCAACAUUACCAACUUCACCACCAGCUGGAAGGAUGGCAUGGCGUUCAACGCUCUCAUCCACAAACACAGAUCUGAUCUAGUAGACUUUCAUAAGCUCAAGAAGUCCAACCCCACGCACAACCUCCAGCAUGCCUUCGAUGUCGCAGAGCAGCAGCUGGGUGUAACCAAGCUCCUUGAUCCGGAGGAUGUUUUCACAGAGAAUCCAGAUGAGAAAUCAAUCAUCACCUACGUGGUGGCUUUUUACCACUAUUUCUCAAAGAUGAAGGCUCUGGCUGUCGAGGGAAAGAGAGUUGGAAAGGUGCUGGAUCAUGCCAUUGAAACAGAGAAAAUGAUCGAAAAAUAUGAAAGCCUGGCUUCGGAUCUGCUCACCUGGAUAGAGCAAACCAUCAUCACCCUCAAUAGCCGCACUUUUGCCAAUUCUUUGACUGGAGUGCAACAGCAGUUGCAAGCAUUCAACUCCUACCGCACCACAGAGAAACCACCAAAGUUCCAGGAGAAAGGCAAUCUUGAAGUCAUGCUGUACACCAUACAGAGCCGCAUGAGAGCCAAUAACCAGAAAUUAUACACUCCCCAUGAGGGAGCACUGGUGUCUGACAUCAACAGGGGCUGGGAGAGGCUGGAGAAGGCAGAGCAUGGACGGGAGCUAGCUCUGCGCAAUGAGCUCAUCCGCCAGGAGAAGCUGGAGCAGCUGGCCCGGCGCUUCGACCGCAAGGCAGCCAUGCGCGAGACCUGGCUCAUCGAGAACCAGCGCCUGGUGGCACAGGAUAACUUUGGCUUAGACCUGCUGGCAGUGGAAGCAGCGAAGAAGAAGCAUGAUGCCAUCGAGACAGACAUCUGCACGUACCAGGAGCGUGUGCAGUACUCUCUAGAAUGUUAG